ACCUCAAACCCCAGCUCCUGGAUCGGCAUUAAUUAACUUCUCUUCAACACAUCACAUCACAUCACAUCGCACGCCUCAGUACUUCAACGAACCUUCGCCUGUAGAUUUACACCGCUUCCUCUUCUUCCUGUUGGCGAAUCGCAACAAUGUUCUUCUUCUUCGUGUGCGGCGAGCACACCUUCCGAAAGGAAGUCUCUGAAUAUCAGGGCAUGAUAUUCCAAUGUCACCACUGUGGUAACAUGGCAGCACAUGUCCAGAAGAGCAACCCAUGGUUCACGUUCUGUUGGAUUCCACUUAUUCCUUUGUCUAUCUCUGGCUACGUCGAUGUCGCAUGCCGUAUCUGCAACUUCCAUCAACCUCUUGUAAACCGACCCGAUGUCAAGGCCGUGGCAAAUGGUGGAGGAGGAGGACCUCCCCCACAACAAUACGCACCUCCUCACGGCGGACCUCAAGGACAGGCACCUAUGCGAUAUGGUUAAUAGGAACGAUCUUGUCAAGUUUUUGAGGAACAUGCCAUAGACACAGGCGUAGCGAAUUUGCGCGCUGUUGAUGUUCGAUGUUGCGACAGUGCCUUCUUGGUUUUUGUUUGUUUAAAGAGGCGUUACAGCCUGGUGUUGAGGCGAAUCAGGAUACCCCAUGAAUGGGGCGAUGGCUGGGUUU